AUGUCAGGUGAUUUAGACAGGGUGGCGGAGCCUGAACGUGACAAUGGCAUAUACAUUUACAAUGAAGAUGAUGAAGCAGACAUCACUAAGGGAUUUACACAGCCUCCACAAGAGUUUCAGGAGAACAUCAAGAGUCUGGAUCAUGUGACACUCAACAUAGCUGUAACUGGAAAUACAGGAGCAGGAAAGUCCACUUUUGUGAACGCCAUACGGGGACUGGGUAACGAUGAUGAGGGGGCAGCUGAUACUGGAGUGACGGAGACCACAAGGACGCCCACGGCCUACCCGCAUCCCACAAUGCCAAAUGUCACCGUUUGGGAUCUGCCAGGUAUCGGUACUCCUAAGUUUAACGCCAAGACGUAUCUGUCUGACAUGCACUUUGAGCGCUUUGACUUCUUCAUCAUCAUCACCUCAGAGAGGUUCAAAGAGAAUGACAUAAACCUGGCCAAAGCAAUCACGAAGAAGAAAAAACUGUUUUAUUUCAUUCGUUCAAAGAUUGACAAUGACAUCAAUGCAGAAAGCAAAAGAAGAGACUUCAAUGAGGAACAGUUGUUAUCUAAGAUCAGAGAAGACUGUAAGGAGAACUUGAAAAGUGUUGGAAACCCACAGGUUUUUCUGAUAUCCUCCUUUAACUUCGAAGAAUAUGAUUUCAACAGGUUGAUGGACACUCUGGAAAGAGAACUCCCCGACAACAAGAAACACGCCCUCAUUCUGUCUCUACCAGUGUACUCCAUGGAGGCAUUGCAGAGGAAGAAGAGGCAUUUUCAGAGGAUGAUUUGGCUUACAGCCUUUGGCUCUGCUGCUGUAGCCGUGGUUCCUCUCCCGGGUCUGACGGUGGUGUGUGAUUAUGGCGUUGUCACCGCAUUUCUUAGUAACAUUUUCCGAUCUUUUGGGCUUGAAGAUACCUCUCUACAGAUCCUUGCAAAGAGAGUGAAAAUGAACUGGCAGGACUUGAAAGCUGAAAUAACCUCCAGGUUUAAGGAUGGAGUCACAACUGAGGUGGUAAUGUCUUUUUUCAAAACGCCUUCAGUGGCCGCCAUCAUGACCCUCAAGGGACUCCUGAGCUGUGUGAUCCCAUUCGGACACCUGCCUGCUGGAGCCGUGACGGUAGGCAUCAUCCACCACCUGCUCAAUAAAGGCCUCAGAGAAAUGGAGAAUGAUACCAGAUCUGUGCUGGAGAAGGCACGACUGCUGCAGCAGGAGUAG